CUGCAUCAGCACGAAGCCCACUGCUAUGGAUUGGGCCACCGAGCGUUGCGCUUCCUACUCAUGCGGCCGCCUCCGCUUCAGAGACGAACGCAGGCUCACAAACUGGAUAAGCAAACCCGCCGCCGCGCCAUUAACUCGCCUCCAUUUUCCCCUAUUCCAUUUUUACGUUCACCGUAAGUUGAAGGAAGAUUAUGGAUUUAACCUUGCCUGCAAAGAAUUAUACAGAAGGAUUCUGUUUGUUUCAUCGCCACAGCGCCAAAAUUCGCGGCCGUGAAGUUAGGGCCAAGCAAUUGGUUACAUCGGAGGCCAAUUCUUUGAGGCUUUAUGUAGGAGCAAAAGGAAAAUCUCGCUUCCUCGUUAUUCCUUCCGAUGAUUCUGAGGAACCGAUUUCUUCGAUUACUAAACAGCUCAACAUUGUUCGUGCGGUUUCGAGAGUCGAUACGCUUAGAUUGCAACAUGGCCAUUUGAACGGCGCCAAUUCCUCUUCAUCUGCUUCGAAUCAUUCGCAGAGUUUCGAGGGAUUCGAGAACAAUAAUCAUCUUCGUCUACUGGUAAGAAAUGGGGAAUUAGAAAACGGGUUUAAAUUUCUUGAGGAUAUGUUCUUUCGUGGUGAAAUUCCUGAUAUAAAUGCCUGCACUAUUUUGAUUCGUGAUUUGUGUAAGACUGGGAAGAUUAGGAAGGCCACUCGGGUUAUGGAAAUUUUGAAAGAUUCGAGGGCUGUUCUUGAUGUUAGAACUUACAAUAUUCUAAUUAGUGGUUACUGUAAAUCUGGUGAAAUUGGCAGUGCUUUGAAACUUUUUGAACGAAUGAGUGUCUCUCCUGAUGUUGUUACUUACAAUACAAUCUUGCGAACUCUCUGUGGCUGUGGGAGGUUGAAGCAAGCCAUGGAUGUUCUUGAUAGACAGCUGCAGAGUGAGUGUUAUCCUGAUGUGAUAACUUACACUAUAUUGAUUGAAGCAACUUGCAAGGAAAGUGGUGUUGGGAAGGCGAUGAAAUUGUUGGAUGAAAUGAGGAACAAAGGAUGUAAGCCUGAUGUUGUCACUUAUAAUGUUCUUAUCAAGGGGAUUUGCAAGGAAGGGAGGUUGGAUGAAGCUAUUAAGUUCUUGAAUCAUAUGCCUUCUUAUGGUUGCCAACCGAAUACGAUCACUUAUAAUAUAAUUUUGCGUAGCAUGUGUAGUACCCAGCGGUGGAUGGAUGCCGAGAAGCUGUUGGACGAUAUGGUUCGGAAGGGAUGUUCUCCUAGUGUUGUGACGUUCAAUAUCUUGAUUAACUUCUUGUGUCGAAAGGGCUUGCUUGGUCGGGCUAUCAAUGUUUUGGAGAAAAUGCCUCGGCAUGGCUGUACUCCGAAUUCCUUGAGCUACAAACCGUUGCUUCAUGGAUUCUGCAAAGAGAAAAGGAUGGAUCGGGCAAUUGAGUUUUUGAAUACCAUGGUUUCGGGAGGCUGUUACCCGGAUAUUAUGACGUAUAAUACUCUGUUGAUAGCUUUGUGCAAAGAUGGGAAGGUAGAUGUUGCAGCUGAGAUAGUGAAUCAACUUAGAAGCAAAGGCUGCUCUCCUGUAUUGAUUACAUACAACACUAUCAUUGAUGGGCUCUCAAAGGUAGGCAAGACAGAAGAUGCCAUUAAAUUUCUCGACGAGAUGAAGGGAAAAGGACUCGAACCGGCUAUAAUUACGUACUCCUCGCUCGUCGGAGGACUGAGUAGAGGAGGAAAAGUUGAUGAAGCAAUUGCAUUUUUCCAUGAUUUAGAAGAAAUGGGUGUGAGGCCAAAUGCUAACACAUACAACUCUAUCAUGUUAGGACUUUGUAACAUUCAACAAACCAAUCGAGCCAUCGAUUUCUUGGCCUACAUGGUUGCCCGAGACUGUAUACCGACCGAGGCUUCGUACAUGAUUCUCAUUGAAGGAUUGGCGGAUGAAGGACUAGCCAAGGAGGCAUUGGAGUUGCAUAAUGAACUGUGCUCUAGAGGAGUUGUGAAGAAGAGUUCUGUGGAGCAGGUGAUAGUAAAAAACUCUGUUUGAUUUCUUUUUACUUCAGCCAUUGUUUGAUGGCCUUAGAUUUCAUCAUUAGAUCUUCAUAGAUAUGGGGUUCUUUAUGAUUCUUAGAGCCAAAUUAUGUUCCCUUCUUUGCCAAAAUGGGUAAACCCAAAUCAAUUUUGUAACAUAAAAUGGCUCAACUUGAGUAGCUCGGUUAGACACUA